CAAUGCCUUGUGGGUAGGUCAGAAGCCGAGAGGACGCCAUGUGCUUUUGAGGCAGAGAUACUGGAAGGGGACCUGGCUGUCACAAACUAGGACAGUUUUUAGAGGGACACCGGGAUAAACGACUCCGUUUAGCAUGUACUGCACCAGUCACUGCCUCCGGACCGCACUGCGGGCUGCAGCGACCACUCACCGGCAACAUCUCCAGCAGCAGGUACCAAUCCUGUGUGCUCUCAGACACCUGAGGACCAGUCCAGCCUCUCACUCAGACACCAUCGCCACCCCUCCACUAGAUGGAGCACCCAAACAGUAUUCUCCUAAAAUCCAACAGCUUGUUAAUGACAUAGCCAGCCUUACCUUGUUAGAGGUAUCGGACCUCAAUGAGCUCCUGAAGAAAACUCUGAACAUUCAGGAUGUUGGAAUGAUGCCAAUGGGGACAGCAGCUGCACCUGUAGCAACACAGGCUGCAGAGGAGGAGGAGGCACCAGCCAAGAAAGAGCAGACUCACUUUACAGUGAAAUUGACGGAAAUGAAGGCAGCUGAAAAAGUUAAACUCAUAAAAGAAGUGAAGAACUGCAUUCAAGGCUUAAAUCUGGUUCAGGCUAAGAAGUUAGUGGAGUCUCUUCCCCAGGAAAUCCGAGCCAAUGUGUCCAAAGAAGAGGCAGAGAAACUAAAAGCCGCUCUGGAGGCAGCAGGAGGCACUGUGGUGUUGGAGUAGAUCUGUGUUCACGGGUUCUCCACCCUUUUUCUGCUCCUGCACUUCAUUCUCCAUUCUAUUACUACUUUUUUUUUUUUACUUGGCAAAGAAGAGGAUCCUGGGAAACAAAGAAAUGCCUUCUGACAUCCAUACUGUCUUAUAACAGUGUCAGGUGGGGCGGCACAACUCUGACUGAACUUUACAGGCUCAUAGCCUGCACAACAAUGGCCGCCCUGGUGUUUGCUUGCCUGUUUUUCAGCUCAUGUUUCUGUCUGAUACUAGUGUAGCAGAGAAGCUACAGAAACUCUGGCCUGGGUGCCAAGAACGUCAGUUGGUCAAUCUGUGUGUGAGUGUAUGUUAAAGUUUGACAGAAUGAAAGAUUUUGCUGCAGGGACAUGGGAACUGUUCCCUGUUAAAGAACACCAGAUACUGUAGUCCAGGGAAUGGCAGGGUUGAGUCCUCAUACUGCUAUAGACUUGUUAAUAAUGUGAUUAAAGAUGACACAUGACA